AUGGCCGCACCCGCCGAUAUGACCGCCCGCAACCUGAGCGGAAAGUUCGCUCUCAACAAGGAGUUCACGAAGAACGACGAGCUCCUGAAAGCGCAAGGCGUCAGCUGGAUGCUCCGCAAGACGAUCGGCGCCGCGACGCCCCGGCUCACCAUGACGCACACCGUGGAUGACGCCGGGAUGGAACACAUCGCGCUUGUCCAGGGUAUUGGCAAGGGUGGGGAGAAGGUGAACGAGCGCGCACUCGACGGCGUUGAGCGCGAGAACGAGGGCGCGCUUUUCGGGAAGACAGCAGAUUCGAGCUCGCGCAAGACGCUGGCGGAGGUGAGCACGUGCAAGUGGUUGGCUGAGGGGUGGCUCGAGGAGUCGUUCCUGGACGGGAAGAUCAUCCAUGUACGCACCAAGGGCGAGAGCGGGUGGACGAUGGAGCAGACGUGGGGCUUCCAAACGUUGGGAGGGAAGAAACUGCAUGUGCGGAAGAUGCACAUGGUGUGCGCGAAGGGCGAAGUUGUGGAGGGCCUGAUGGUGUACAACUACGGUCAGUCCUUGAUGCGCUUGUGA